CGUGCAGAAAAGUAAGCUCGAUCCCAGUUCGAACGGUUCGCCGCGAUCGUUCCGUCUCUGAUUUAGCCGGUUCGCGUGCAAUUCGAUCGCGCGAGAAACAUCCGACGCUUCGUGGACGACCGCGGAGGAAUCACGUCUGGGAGGACACGCCGCUCACGGCGCUCGCCGAUUCUCGUUUCCGUCUUCGUUUCGAGCACACGGAAGUCUUUUGCCACCCCCGACGACAUGUUCCUGCCUGGUGGCCGUAGGCUGUACGCUGUCAAAUCGCGCGUGUGUCCUUCGAGAACCAACAUCUUGAAAAAAUGGUGGCCUUGGUGGUUACUUCUGCCAGGAUGCCUGGCAUCCUGGACAAGAUACAUCGAAGAAUACGAUGCGAUCAGAGUAGCCAGAUGCGAUGCUCGUUGCGGAAGGAAUUACACUGACGAGUGCAUGGAGAACUGUUUGGACUCGAAUUACACGAAACCUGGCUAUUGCCCCGACCAAUCGUCGCUGUCGCCGUUCGAGGCUGCCUGUUUAGUCGCCUGCGUCGACGAUUCCCGGUGCCCGGAUUUGGCUAAGUGCUGUAAACACGACUGCGGUGUCACCUGCGUGCAUCCGUUGGGUUUGGACAAUGGAACCGACUUACCGGAAGUCCCCGAGAAUCUGCAGAUCAGGCAACAGAAGAGCAAUCUGGUCGUGCUGACCUGGCGGGACCCUAAAGCGGCCGGCGACGACGUGAGAUAUCUGGUGGAGGAACGACAUUUACUGGGCCCGAGAUACCUGGAGUCCAGAUUGAGCUCUUGGGCGGUCCGACAUGUUUCGACGAAAUCGCACGCAACACUUCGCGCCCGACUGAAAACUGGGCACUGGUAUCAGUUUCGUGUGGCGGCCAUUAAUGGAAACGGUUCCCGGGGAUACUCUCAGCCGUCCAGGCCUUUCAAAACGAAAGAGCCCCGGAGCCCCAAGGAGCCGCAGAACCUGACGUUAUCCGGCGCGCGUCUAAUCGGUGGAAAAUUGCGUGUCAUGCUCAGAUGGGGGAAACCGGCCUCGGAUGUGCCGAUUACGUUCUAUAAAGUAUUUUGGAGCCGUCUCGUUCAUGGCCCGUCCAAUAAUUCCCUCCUUGUUUACCAUCGGACCAUAUUAAAAGAUAAAACCUGCUACGAACUGAAGGACCUGGAAAUGGACUAUCAGUACUUUCUUCAGGUGCAAGCGGUCGCGUUGUACGGGGGCAGGCGUUUGAUGUCGCGGAAGUCUUCGAAGGUGUUCAACAGCACGGACUAUAUGGCAUACGCCGACCGAGAGAGACGUUCUCGCAGGUGCGAGCCGAAUCAGACUAGCCUUCAGCUGCGACGCGUGAUUUGCCAGUGCGGCGAGCUCAGGGCACGGUUGGUUUGGCCUGUGGACCACCAGGCGAAGGCGUACAAUGUCACCUGGCGAGAGGAGUACUGUCCACCGUUUCACGACAAACACCUCCAACAAAAGCAAACUUCCUGGAAAGUCGUUCAGACAGCGCACCUCGAUUUACAUCUUCGAAAGGAAUGCAUGUACAGUGUUAACGUACGAAAAGUUUACGACGACGACAGCAGCAAUAACGAGCACGGGGCCAGCAUCGAAUUCUUCGCCAGCGGAUGUCAGAACGAGCACGAUCAGAAAGCCGGGAAACAUUCCCGCGGUAAAACCAUACAAUGCAAAAACAAAUCGUCGCGAAAGAAACGACAAUACCCCGGACUAUUUGUGAUAUAACGUAUCAUUUCAUUCGCCCUUGUGUACUGGUUGAACAGCCGAUUGUUUCAUGUUGCCUGAUUUAAGUUAGGCCAACGUUGAAGCUUAAUUAGGUUCCAUUAAUGAUAUAAGUGUACAGUAAUGUGUACGUGUCACGUAUAUAAAAUGUAUUGCUAUGGUUUUUGUAACGACUUAACGGUUCAAAACAAUUUGGACCGAAUCCACGGGAACAGUACACGAGGGUUAAAUAUAUGUUAAUCAUAUACAGUUACGGAGGCCGUGAUUUUACGCAGAUUUUACCAUUAAACAUAAUUUACACACGACAAUAACACGCGUAGGAAUUUAAUAUAUGAACACGAUUUAUUACGACAACAAUAAUUUAAUGAACAGAAAACUGAACAAUGUGAAAAAUAAAUUGGACCUCGGCACCGUGGCUAAAGAGUAACCAUCCAGACGAUGAUGAACUUUUCUGCCUCCCAGGGCUUGGACCGGCCUGUAAUUGAAGCUCAGGGUGCCGUUGUCUGUUCCAAUGUUUUUGAACACUUUCAACUGCAAACGAAAGGAAAUGGAUCAGUUAAUCUCGUUUAAAUACAUUUUUCUUGUGUUUCGAACUUAAUAAAAAUUCGACGAACUCUUGGAUCACGAAAUAAAUUUUUAUAUACAUAGGGUGUGCCAUUUUAAUCUCUUCAGAUAAAUAUCUGUGACAACAUGGGAAAUCCAUUAUCGUUCCAACUAAAGUUCCGCGAAGAUAAGAAAAAUCGAUCGGGUUAAUUUAUCUAAGGUAAUUAAACCGUAAAGUUAAUUUAACCUUAGAAUGACCUUGGAAAAUCUGAUGAAAGUCAAUUGAAAAAUAUUCGACGAGAGACGGGUACGACGCGCAGUCAUCAAUUAUUACGGAAAAUCUAAUGAAAAUUACAGUUUCCUGUUUAAUAAUACGAAAUUGAAUUUUGCAAGGCUAAUCGAGAUCAAAUUAAUGACAAUAUAUAUAUGUAUAUAUAUUUGGAUAUCCGAAAGCUUAACGUUUUUUGAUCGAGAAAAUUAAAAUAGCUUAUCUUGUAUAAGAUUACGGAGAUAAGGGUUUAAAGUUAGUAAAAGAUAAGAAUAAAAAUUCUGUCUUGCGUUGUGAUUGUAGAUAGUACGAUUGAAAUUUAUAUGAUUAAUGCGUCAAAGAUCUGUAGAUACGAAUU